AAAAAAUCAAGUACCUGGUAAAGAAAACGUAACCGGGGGAAAAAAUGAAAAGAGGCUUUUAAGAUUCAAGAGUUGAAUCUCGUGUUCUUUUGGCGUUUCUUUCGCUUUUGCAUGAUCCAUUUACUUGAUUGGAGUUGAAUCUCUUGGUCGUCUUCCUCCUUCUCCUCCUCUUCUGCUGCGUGAGAGUGUGGAGAAACGUAAUCCGCAAGAGUUGCUGAUUGUGCUUUGCUUUGGCACUGAUGGUGAUCGAGGAGGACGUGGAGAGCUGCGCGAGUCGAGCCGUGCAGUCACAGCAAGCUCAUCCUCGUCAUCACAGCCAGAAAUUGGAAGUGUACAAUGAGGUGCUCCGUCGAAUUCGAGAGUUCAAUUAUGAGGAGGCCAAUAUUCCAGAUUUUGAUGAUCAACUAUGGCUUCAUUUCAAUCGUCUUCCUGCUAGGUACGCAUUUGAUGUGAAUGUGGAGAGGGCAGAAGAUGUUCUUGCUCAUAUGAAACUACUGAAGUUAGCAGAGGACCCGGCUAAUCGACCCGCAUUUCAAGUUCGCUUAGUACAGGUACAAAGCUUUGGGAGUGCAAAUAACGCUGACUCUAUGCACUCAGAUCCAUCUGAGAAUGAAGAUGCGCAGAGCUCUUAUAACUAUUCUUUUAAGCAGGGAAUUCACCUGCCACCUACUUUCGGUUCAUCAUCAAAUCUUGAAGCUCUUUCACGUAAAGCAAUUAAAAAUAAUAUUGAAGAUGGGAACAGUGCUAUGGAUGUGAUACCGCAUUCUUUCCGGCCCAUGCAUGAGAUUACUUUUUCAACUGUUGACAAGCCUAAACUCCUUAGUCAGUUAACUGCAUUACUCAGCGAGAUUGGAUUGAACAUUCAAGAAGCCCAUGCAUUUUCCACCAAUGAUGGCUUCUCUCUUGAUGUCUUUGUCGUUGAGGGUUGGCCUAAUGAGGAUACUGAGGAGCUCAGAGCUAUAUUGGAAAAGGAAAUUUUUAAAUUUAAGGAGCAAUAUCUGUCAAAACAGGGAACACAUUAUGCUGCCAAGGACGAUCAUCAGGAAAGGAUGGAACCCUUUCCUCCUUGCAUAGAAAUACCGUCUGAUGGAACUGAUGUCUGGGAAAUUAAUACCAACCUGUUGAAAUUUGAAAACAAAGUUGGCUCUGGAUCAUUUGGUGACUUGUACAAAGGCACAUAUUGCAGUCAAAUUGUGGCUAUCAAGGUCCUCAAACCUGAGCGCACAAAUACAGAUAUGUUGAGAGAGUUCGCACAGGAAGUUUAUAUCAUGAGGAAGAUUCGACACCGGAAUGUUGUCCAAUUCAUUGGAGCAUGUACUAGACCACCAAAUCUGUGUAUUGUUACUGAGUUUAUGUCUAGGGGAAGCCUAUAUGACUUUCUGCACAAACAGAGAGGUGUAUUUAAGCUUCCAACUUUGCUAAAAGUGGCAAUUGAUGUUUCCAAGGGAAUGAACUAUUUGCACCAAAAUAAUAUCCUCCACAGGGACCUCAAGACUGCCAAUCUGCUUAUGGAUGAAAAUGAAGUAGUGAAGGUUGCUGAUUUUGGGGUUGCCAGAGUGAAGAUGCAAUCCGGAGUGAUGACAGCUGAAACUGGAACGUACCGUUGGAUGGCUCCGGAGGUCAUCGAGCACAAACCGUAUGACCAAAAAGCAGAUGUCUUUAGUUUUGCAAUAACUCUUUGGGAGCUUCUAACCGGAGAACUGCCUUACUCUUACUUGACUCCAUUACAAGCAGCAGUAGGCGUGGUGCAAAAGGAUCUAAGACCUACAAUCCACAAGAGCACGCACCCAAGAAUUUCUGAACUUCUCCAACGUUGCUGGCAACAAGAUCCAAAAGAUAGACCAGAAUUCUCCGAGAUAAUAGAGAUUCUUCAGCUGAUAGCUAAAGAGGUUAUUGAUGAAAAAGGCGAUCGGCACAAAGAUAAAUCGUCCCAUGGCUUUCUCUCAGCACUUAGAUGGGGCCAUCACUGAUUUGGAUCUAUUAUGAAUGACUGUAUAUAUCUUCUUAUAUCCUCUCAUAGUCUGAUUUGAUAUUUUUAUUUUUAACAAAAUAUACAAAAUGAUAAGUUAACCAACUUACCUUACUACUUGGGAGUUGGUGGACGAUGAUAGGUUUGGAUAUGUACAUUACAAACCCUUUUGUUUGUUCCAAUUUUUGAAUGAUAGUUGCUUUUUCUAUUUAAAA